GGAGUGGGUCGCUGUCAGUCCGGGUCCCUCAUGCUAAACACCGUCCGCCUCCCCAGCUCCCUGUCUGCUGGGACACCGCCGUCAUAUUGGCUGCCAGGAACAGGAACGACCACGGCAGAGAAGGAGAAGACCCGACCAUGAAAAAGAACGGGCUUUUGCGGGAAUCUUUUUUAGCCAUUAAUUGAAUCCACUGUGUUAAAUUUAAGCCCUUAUUUCCGCGUCUUAAGGCGUCCGGAAAUGAACCCGACAAGUAUCCGCGUACAUUUCUCGCUUUUCUCCGACACCGUGGACCGCAAGGGGGAUAUGUGCCUGACUUCUCUGGAUAGCCAUUUUUUGCAGACAAAGAGAGCUGUUGAGUAGGGGUUUCUAAAAGACACAAAGGGUCCAGGGGGCUCCUAUCGAUGGAGAAAGUGGGAAAGAUGUGGAGCAACCUGAGGAGCAAAUGCCAAACACUCUUCCACAGCGACAGCUCUGGGCCCAGUGAAAGCAGCAUUGAGGCAGAUGCCGUCCACUGUGUGGUGGAUCUCGGGCAGGGAGGCAGCUCGUGUGAGGCCCAGGCUUCUGGCACCUCCAGUCCAUCUAGGAGCCUUCUACCACUCCCAAUGGUAACAGCAGCCGGGCGCCGCCAUCACAACUGUGUGUCCGAUAUCCCUCAGAUAGUAGAGAUCACUAUCGACAAGGACACUGAGGAUGUGCGGGGCGGACCAGGGGGUGUUCCCCUGACUCGGAGAGACUCAUAUUCCCGCCAUGCUCCGUGGGGGGGCAAGAAAAAACACUCAUGUUCCACCAAAACCCAGAGUUCCCUGGAAGCAGACAGGCGGUCUGGGCGCUCACGGGGGAGCGGGGGCCGCAGGGAUAGGCGCUACGGAGUCAGCUCCAUCCAGGAGAUGGGUGACUCUGUGUCAGGAGGGCGCAGUCUGAGUGCUCGCUCCCUGCGCCAGCGGCUCAGCGACACAGUAGGUCUUUGCCUCCCUCUGCCUCCUCGCCGACGCUCCCGUUCGUCCAAGACCCCUGUCACCUCCAAACGUAAGAUCCACCUGACAGAGCUCAUGUUGGAGACCUGCCCUUUCCCACCGGGCUCGGACUUGGCACACAAAUGGCACCUGAUCAAGCAGCACACGGCGCCGGUCAGCCCGCAUUCCUCCACCGCCCUGCUAGACGCCUUCGACCCUGCCCACCCCUCUCCUGAGGAUGAGGAGGAGCGUCUGCGUGAGCGCCGCAGGCUCAGCAUCGAGGAGGGCGUGGACCCACCACCUAAUGCUCAGAUCCACACCCUGGAGGCCUCAGUGCCAGGCUCCUCUCUCUACAAACUGGGACCAAAGAUGGCUCCCGGCAUGGGAGAGGCCUCCGGGGAGGGCCGGGGCUCAGCGGCCAGCUGCUCCGGCGCUGCUGGGUCGUCGGGGGCCUGCGGGCAGGUGCUGGGGGCUGCGGCGUCAGCCCAGGACUGUGACUCUGAGGAGGACUCAACCACCCUCUGUCUACAGGCCAGGAGGCCCAAGCAGAGGCACGCCUCUGGGGACGGCCACCUGAGCCGGCAGCAGCAGGGGCCCUGGAAGGUUCACACCCAGAUCGACUACAUUCACUGCCUGGUGCCGGACCUGCUGCAGAUCACAGCUCUGCCCUGCUACUGGGGUGUGAUGGACCGCUAUGAAGCCGAGGCGCUGCUGGACGGGAGGCCAGAGGGCACCUUCCUGCUGCGCGACUCGGCCCAGGAGGACUACCUCUUCUCUGUUAGCUUCCGCCGUUACAACCGCUCGCUGCACGCCCGCAUCGAGCAGUGGAACCACAACUUCAGCUUCGACGCCCAUGACCCCUGUGUUUUCCACUCGUCCACGGUCACGGGGCUGCUUGAGCACUAUAAGGACCCCAGCGCCUGCAUGUUUUUCGAACCGCUGCUCACAGCACCUCUCCACCGGACCUUCCCCUUCGGCCUGCAGCACCUGGCGCGCGCCGCCAUCUGCCGCUGGACCACUUACGAUGGCAUCGGCGCUUUGCCGCUGCCCCCCGCCCUGCAGGACUUCCUCAAGGAGUAUCACUACAAACAGAAAGUACGAGUUCGCUGGCUGGAGAGGGAGCCGCCUGUCAAGGUCAAAUAGGGCGGGGCUUCCCCAUGGCCUGUACACACACUGCAGGAGGAUUACAAAACAUUGAGGAACUCCCCAUUAGCCAAUCAGGAGAGGCCAUACUGACAUGGCUCUCCAUCCGGUGGGGGAUGGAGUUUAGGUGAAAACGAGCUAUACAAGAUUCAUUCUAAUCUCUUUGUUUUAGUUAUUACUUACAUCACAGAAAAUACAUGAUUAUAUUCAGUAUAACGCUGUCUGGCAAGCACAUGUUUUAGUGUUGAACAGGUUUUUCGACUGGGAGGGGAAACACAAAAAUCAAAAGUUUUUGUGAGUUUUUUUCCUCUCCUGCUUUGUGCUAAGUGUCUGCCUGAUCCCACAACAUCACCCUGCCUGUAGACCUGCCUGCAUGCCGCCCCCGUUCAUCCCAAAUCACUAGUUAGGCCCACAUGGCUAGCUGUGUUGUACAGUUCACUUUGUGCUUUCUGUAUUUUUUUUUUUGUUGUUUUCCUUUGCUUGACAAAGCGCCUAGCGGAGCGCCGGCCCAAGAGGGUUUUGACAUGUGUUGGGUUGAGAGGGCGUCUGGAGGUGCUGUUGGCAAACUGCAGUCAGAUUGUCCCAUGGAUAGAGCUACAUAGGAACAUCCCGCCGUCUCUUUGCGUGGAGUGGAGCUGAGAGAGGGACAGAUGCUGAGAGGGUCCGCACAGUGCAGGGCGAUGCAUCAGGUGCCCGCAGGGGAACUGGGAAAUACAGUUUAGUCCGUAGGAAUGAAUACUUCCUCCUUCGACAGGAAAUAACUGAUGAAUCUGUCUGCUGCCUCUCUUUUAGCGAGCAAGCUAACCUUGUCAGCUUUCUUCCCACUGAGCGGCAGCGCUUAUGUAACCGAGGGACGGCUCCUGUGGAAAGAUUGUGACAAUUCUUGCCAUCGUAGUUUUUAAAAGCAGUCUGUCAGUUCUUCACUGGCCACAGGCACUUUAUCUCUGUGCAUGCAGUUGUGUAUACACGCGCACCCACAUACACACCCACAACCAUACACACAGUGAAGUCUCCCCGUCUGAGAUUUGGUUCCCAGGGUAACUGUCUGGUGUCUUUAUGGACUUGUUUUAUGACUUUAUAGUGUCUAGGAGUUUUCCCUCUCUUCCCCUUGUGCGACUCUUUCAGUGGCAUCUGACUUACUUGAUACUUUGACCCCAUGAAUCUGAGUUGGUUAUUUUCCUUCACCAGAAACUUAUACCAGUGGUGCUAGCUGUGCAGCUUGGGUUUAAUAAGGAUUUUAAUGAGCCCUUCCAGGGGAACUGAGGACAAACGCAGAACGUUCCCCUCACAGAUCUGACGAGUGCUACUUGAGGACAAGUAAUCGACUGAAAUUGAACAUUUCAAAGUGUCCUUUCAGCCGUGACUGUAAGGUAGAAGCUUGCUGACACUAAUAGGGAGGUUUUCUUGGGAACAGUGUUUUUCUGGGGAAGUGAUUCCUUAUAGUGAAAAAUCCUAAAUAUGGAGGGCAGCUAACCUCACAUGACAGCUCAGAGACUUUACAAGAGCUGGCCUGCAAGGUUAGUGAAUUGCCGCUCCCAGGAUUAGACCACAGCACAUUUUCUUCUCAGUGCGUAAUGUUUCUUUUACACAGCUUUGAUAAAGACACUGUUGAAAUAAUUAUGAAGAGCACUGUGUUGAGAAGAAAGUGAUGUUGCAGUCUGUUCUUGGCGGAUGUGCUUCCUCUCGUUUGGGACUUGUUACUAUGAAGGUUCAUUGUUGACUUUUGUCAAACCCGAGAAAUUUCCUCUGUGCUUGGCUGUGUGUGUGAGUCUGACUGUGCAGGCAGCGCUUAUCUUGUAGAGGAUUGGCAAACUUUCACCCAGUUAUCUCGAUUAUGUAAUCUGAGUGAACUCAGUUAUGCGACCUACACACUGCUGGCUAGCUGGUCAUUUCCACUGAGUUUGCAGCAUGAAGAGAAAAUACAACUACGUGUAACCUAUGUGCCUUUUAGAGAGCCAUUCGUCUUUUUACCAGAAUAUUCAGUUGCUUUUCAGUCCAAACCAGGAGCAUGAAAUGCUCCAGCGCGGCCCAUCCGGAUGCCAGUUAACGAGACUGAAGAGAAUAAUAAUGAAGAGGUGCAUGAGCUCUGAGCUCAACUUAUUAUUCAUGGUGCACGUAAAAUUUUUGUAAAAAAAGAAAAAAAAAAGGUUUUAGUGGUGCUAUGUUGGUUAAACUAGGGGGAUUAAUGUAAUGGUUUUAGAGUUGUUACACCUCUUUUUACUCACAAAUGCAUGUGUCCGUCUCCACCGCCAUGUUUUUUGGCUUCUGUACUGUAAGUUUUGAAAAUUGCUUUGGUCUUUAGUGGGUCCAAUGCCAGCCCAAUUGUAGCAUCUUGCCUGUGCAAGAUAAUCCUGUUUGUCCACACCUCACAUGAAUAGAUUCAUUUGAUGUCCACAGUUUGAACACAUCCUAAUGGGAGGACAUACAGGCCAAACACACAAACAUGAGGAGUUGAAUCUGAAGAAUCCUUUGUCUGACAGCGGCAGUGCUCAGGUCAGGCCUCGGUAAAACGUUGCAUCUUAAUCAUGAGUGAAGACACGUUACCCGGCUCUCCAAGAAAUGAAAUGAGUUUUUAAUCAAACUCUCGGUGUCAGUGUGGCUGUGGGAUGAUGAGGUGGGUGGAGACGAGCAGCAGCUCCCGCACUGCAUUUAGAGAGAUUUUUGUCUCGUGUAUAAUAAGGGUUACAUGUCAAAAAGGAAAGUAUAGCCGAAACUCACUUGAGAUCAUGAGCGUUGGAAAGGUUCGUUUAACCUCAGACGGAUAUGAACUGGUGUGCAUUUGUAUGUUAAAAGGUUAUCAUUCUCAUUGUCAAAGAUGAAUCAUGAACAACGGAUAUCAGUUCAACUUUUAUUUUCCUCCUUCAUGAUUGAGUCUGACCAAAAGCUCUUCAAAAAAAACAAACAAACAAACGAAAAAAAAGCUCUUGCACACGGUUAACCUGUAUGAACUAGAACCGCUCGUCACUGCGUCUCCGCGGUGUUCAACUCGAGCUAAAUUAUAUUUCAACAACUGAACAAACAUUUCAAGUGAAAGCCUGUUCCAUUUCAGAUACAGGCUCCACUUUUUUGGUUAACAACAGCAACAAAAAAAAAAAAAAAAAAAGCAUUCAUGGCAAAGACUGAGAAACCUUCUGGCACUAUCCAGCUUGAAACUCUGCUAAACCGCCCUCUUUCUGCCAAACCCACUCUGGUUCUGUCACAGCAUACUCAUGAAAAACGACUGAUUUUUUGUCAUGCAGGUGGUAAAAGAUUGAUGAAGAGGGUUUGGGUGUUAAAUUGCAACACAUCUCAUUGUCCCGCAUUUGCCCUCUCCUUUAUUUGGUUAAAAACCCGUCGUUACGCACCCAAACAUUCGAGUCCGAAACAUUUCCCUCUGCCCUGCACUUUGUUUUCCGAAAGCUUGAAUAUUGCAUGUCUCGUCGCCCGUUUGUGUUUUUUUUUAAAAAAAAAAAGUACAGUAGGGGCCGAAGUGACUGUUAAAGGGGCGGGGGGGAAAAAUAAAAAAAAGAAGUUGACAUUUUAAGUCACUCGCAUGUGCACUUUUCUGUUUCAGGACUUAUCGCAUCCACACUGUAAAAACCACACAAACACGCACUCUGUCUUCCUCCUUUUGCCACCUGUCCGUCACCGCCGCCGCCGCCGCCUCGCGCUCGCAGACGACUCCUGGCCGCGCCCCACCCUGCCCGCGGGCGCUAAUCACAGGCUAAUUUUACCGCGCCGGGAUCUAAAUUUACCGAGGCACUAAAAGGGCCACUCUGUGUUGCCUAAUGGGUGCUGUGGGACUGAAGGAGACGGUUUCUCUCUCCCUCUCUCUCCCUCUCUCUCUCUCUCUCUCACCUCUCUUUUUUUUCUUUUCCUAACCGCAUCCUCAACAUCACUCUGCUGAUGCGGGGAUACGUGUCGGGGGAGAGCGGACUUAAGGCCUGUUUGUCCACCCGCCCGCCUGCCCCCUCCCUCCUCACCUCACUUCACCACACCCCGCCCGCCCCCCCACCCACCCAACACAAACCACGCAGCCCUGUUAGCGAGAUGUGAGGCUAAAGUUAGCAUUAAAGAGCGAGCGGGAGAGAGAGAGGCAGCGCCCGGCUCACACAAUGCCCCAUUGAGCGCCCCGGCUUCCUGUUGUGGGAACGGCGUGCGAGGUGGUGUGUGUGUGUGUGUAUAUGUAUGUAUGGGAGGGGGCGGGUUGUUGAAGUAAAUGGCACUUUAAUUGUGUAUUUGUAUUUUGUGUGUAUUUGCAAGACAGGGAUGAGCAUUUAGGAAAAAGAAAAAAAAAAAAAAAAAGUUGGUGGUCCUGGAUUAUUUCAUUUGUGUUCAGCCAUUGUGAGCUAUUUCAGCGGACAUGCUACAGACUUGGUGGUGUGUGUGUGUGUGUGUGGAGUGUGUGUGCGUAUAUGUGUGUAUGGACGGUGUUAGUUGGGUGGAGGGGAUGCAGAGUCGACUGUGAGGGGUGAUGACAGUGACCUCUAUGAACGACGCGCCUCCUCGUAGCCCCUCCCCCUUGAUGCAGCGACCCCCUUCAUUCUCAGGCAGGCCCGGUGCAAGGCGAGUCCCAGGACCCUCUCAACCCAGUUUUCCCCAUGGGAAAUAUCUGACAUUAAGCGUAGCACAUGUUUGCCGUAUGACCUGUAGAUUUUAGGAGAGAGAAGAAAGAAAAAUUGUAUGUCUGAUGAACGAUGUAACAGGAGCCUGAUGGAAAGACGUUUUUAUUCAUCUGUGGUGCAUCAACUGUAUCAAACACACAUUUUGCACACACGAUCACACUUCCUACACCUGCGCCACCCGAGAUAUUCACACACACACAUGCAUAUAAACACACACACCCUCCCCACCACCCCGCCCUAAACCAGGGAUGUGUAAACAUGGACCACAUUUAGCCAGCACCACCUCUAUGUGUGACUCCCCCACAAAGGGAAAAACAAAGAUAGGUGUUUACAUGUAUAUUCUAUGUUCUGAAGAAGAAAGAAAGAAAAAGAAAGAAAGAAAGAAAGAAAAAGAAAAAAAAUGCCGUGAAAUGAACUAUUUUGAACUUAUAUCGUUAUUAGUACGACACUAUUUAGCUGCACUAUGAGAGCCUUGUUUGUGGCGAGAAACCACUGGGUCUGGUCCCAACGAGAGACUGGCCGGUCCUGCCGCCGGCCGGCCGGCCGUCCCGUUGAAACCACAGCGACACCCGCCUGGAUCUAGGUCUUGAUACCCCCACCUUUCCCCCGCCCCUCCUCCUUCGUCCCGAUACGGCUCACGGUCUCACCACUUAGAGGACAAAAACUAAUAAUAAUAAUUUUAAACAAACAAAAAAAAAA